CUGCGCGGGGGCAGCAUGGCGCGGCGCCCGCGGAGCAGCCGGGCCUGGCGCUUCGUCCUGAGCGGGGUGCGGCGCGAGGCCGACGGCCGGGCCGGAGCACGGGGCUGGGGCUACGACUCUGACGGCCAGCAGCACAGCGACUCAGAUUCGGAGCCAGAGUUCUCCUCCCUGUCUCCCUCCAUCCCGAGUGCCAUCCCUGUGACUGGGGAGUCCUACUGCAACUGUGAGAACCAGAGUGAAGCUCCCUACUGCUCCAGCCUGCACGCCCUGCACCGUGUCCGUGACUGCCGCUGCGGAGAGGAGGAUGAGUAUUUUGACUGGGUGUGGGAUGAGGUGAACAAGUCCACGGCCACGCUGCUGACGUGUGACAACCGCAAGGUGAACUUCCACAUGGAGUACAGCUGUGGCACGGCCGCCAUCCGCGGCAACAAGGAGCUGGCAGAGGGCCAGCACUUCUGGGAGAUCAAGAUGACCUCCCCAGUGUAUGGCACUGACAUGAUGGUGGGGAUUGGGACAUCAGAUGUGAACCUGGACAAGUACAGGCACACCUUCUGCAGCCUGCUGGGCAAGGAUGAGGACAGCUGGGGCCUCUCCUACACAGGACUGCUGCACCACAAGGGGGACAAAACAAACUUCUCCUCGAGGUUUGGCCAAGGCUCCAUUAUUGGGGUGCAUUUGGACACGUGGCACGGGACACUCACCUUCUUCAAGAACCGCAAGUGCAUAGGGGUGGCAGCCACAAAGCUGCAGAACAAGAAGUUUUACCCCAUGGUGUGCUCCACGGCGGCCAAGAGCAGCAUGAAGGUGAUCAGGUCCUGCGCCAGCCGCACGUCCCUGCAGUACCUGUGCUGCUUCCGCCUGCGCCAGCUCCUGCCCGACUACGUGGACACGCUGGAGGUGCUGCCCCUGCCCCCAGGACUCAAACAGGUGCUGCACAACAAACUGGGCUGGGUCUUGAGCAUGAACUAUAGCACAUCGAAGCCUUCCUCCUCCUCAUCCUCGGGGAGCGACUCGGACAGCUUGUGCGGCUCGGAUGCGGAGGCCUGCCAAAGGAAGAGGUGCAGGAGGACAUAAAGGCUCUGCACAGCACGUGGGUGGGCUUUGUUGGGUUGUCUGCAAGGGCCAGUCAAGCCUGAUGCACCUCUUCCUUCUGGGGACAUCCAUUUCCACGUGUUGGCAAAGAUUUCUCCAGUGCUGUGCAAAUCUUUGGCCUUGACAUCCAUCACAGGCAGUUAGAAGAGCUGCUGGCUCCAAGAGAUGCCAGCUCUGACACAAGAAAUUUGUGGUGAAACAUCUGAGCUUCAUCUCCUGACUUGCUAUGGAAGCCAGCACCUCUUCCCAAAGGAUCUCUCUUCUCCCUGUUGGCACAGACAACGUUUAAGAAGUUGGACUUGAUGAUAACGAUUGGACUCGAUAAUCUUCACAGCUCCCUUCCCACUCAGGAUGGUCAGACAGUCUCCUGGCUGGAGUGUGCUGGAUUCCAGUCAGAUACAGACCUGACUCACUGAGACACAAUCCCAGCCCAUCCUCUCCUCUGUGUGUGUGUAGGUUUGGUGUCUGCCAUGACCUUGUCCUGCUCUGGGGCACAAUGGAGCAGCAGCUGCAGGGAAAGGGCCCCCACAGCCCCUGCCAGGAGCUGAGCUGUGGCUGCUGUUCCUCGAGCCCCUGGGGACUUUUAAUUGCUUUGCAUGUUGGUUUCUGCUGCUUCUCCUCUGUCCAAAACUGUGUUAAACUGUAAUAAUAAAUGUUGAAGCUGUC